CGGAAGUGUCGCAUUGUUGUUGACCGUCGCUCUGAGAGCUCGGCUGCCGGAGCUCAGGCACGCACAGGGCGCGCGGCGGCGGCGGGCAGGAACCGUCUUAACGGAACCGGCGCGUGGCGAAGGCGGGCAGAGCUUCUGUCAACGGCAUCUAUUAUUGGCAUGGACAUGAUUGCAAAAUUCAGCUGAAGUUGAUGUUGGAAUGCAGUCACCAUUUUGACGGCAUUUGUAAUAUCUAUCACCAUCUUGGAACUAAGGACAUCAUGAAGCUAAAGCAGCGUGUUGUUUUACUAGCUGCCCUUCUAGUUAUUUUUAUUUUCACAAAAGUGUUCCUGAUUGACAAUUCAGACUCAUCUGCAACUAAUCGAGAGGAUCAACAUUCUUUCCAGCAUAUGAUGGAUACACUUAAAAUCGAACUGAAUCCAAAUCUGGAGCACACUCUGCAGUCACCAUGGGAAAUUGCAGCACAAUGGGUUGUUCCCAGGGAGGUGUAUCCAGAAGAAACUCCAGAGCUUGGAGCCAUUCUACAUGCAAUGGCCACCAAAAAGAUCAUCAAGGCUGACGUGGGCUACAAAGGAACCCAGCUGAAAGCUCUGCUUGUUCUUGAUGGCGGACAGAAGGUUGUGUUCAAACCUAAAAGGUACAGCAGAGCUUAUGUGGUUGAAGGGGAACCAUACGCUGGAUAUGAUAGACACAAUGCUGAAAUAUCUGCUUUUCAUCUGGAUCGGAUUUUAGGAUUACGGCGUGCUCCAGUAGUUGUCGGGAGAUAUGUAAAUCUAAAUACAGAAAUAAAACCUGUUGCAUCUGAGCAGCUUCUAAGCACCUUCCUCACAAUAGGGAACAGUAGUUGCUUCUAUGGAAAAUGCUACUACUGCAGAGAAUCAGAACCAGCCUGUGCAGAUGGACAUGUAAUGGAAGGAUCUGUCACACUAUGGCUACCUGAUAUCUGGCCUUUGCAAAAACAUAGACACCCAUGGGGCAGGACCUACCGAGAGGGGAAACUAGCCAGGUGGGAAUAUGAUGAAAGUUAUUGUGAUGCUGUAAAGAAGACCCCGCCAUAUGAUUCAGGUCCUCGACUCCUGGAUAUUGUAGAUACUGCUAUUUUUGACUACUUGAUUGGUAAUGCAGACCGUCAUCACUAUGAAAGUUUUCAAGACGAUGGUGGAGCAAGUAUGUUAAUUUUGUUGGACAAUGCAAAAAGCUUUGGGAAUCCAAGUUUAGAUGAAAGAAGCAUUUUAGCAUCUGUUUACCAAUGUUGCAUCAUUAGAGUAUCCUCCUGGAACAGGCUAAAUUACCUAAAGAAUGGAGUUCUCAGUACAACAAUGCGAACUGCCAUGUCUCAUGAUCCUAUUAGCCCUGUUUUGACGGAUGCCCAUUUGGAAGCCAUGGAUCGGCGGCUGAUGAGUGUCAUGGCAACUAUCAAACAGUGCAUUGAACAAUUUGGUACAGACACAGUGCUGGUGGAAGACAGAAUGCAAUUAUCUCACUUAAAAUAAGGUGCUCGUAAUGAAAACGGAGCACCACUAAUUUCCCUGCAUAUGUCAAAGAAGCAUAAACAAUGUGAAUUUGCACAUUAUGGUCAUUAUGGUGUACAAACUCAAGGAAAUUUAAGAAAAUCAUUUCAUUCUCUUUAGGGUUAUAAAUUAUUUGGUAAAGUAGGUUUAACCUGGGAUAGGUACUGGAAAAUCUAUUGGCUGGACUGAUUUCUACUGACCUUGGAAGCACUGACAAAUAGAUAAGUGUAAAAGGAAGCAAUAAAAUGCUUUCUGAAGUAAUGCUUUAACUUGAUCUUAAAUGCAAAUAUAAGCAUGUUUUUGUGAUUUUAUCUUAUGUCAAAUAAUGCAGACCUGUUUUAAGUGUCUUAAAGGAAGUUGAUAAAUCUAUGGUUAAUCUGCGUAUAUAUUACCUGCAGGGAAUUUAAAGAUUAUUUAAAUCUUUGAUCUUGCACUGCCGAUAGUGAAAUCCAGAUUAUUGUUCAACUAGAUAAGUUUUUACUUACAAGCCUACCAGGGUUAUAUUUAAUAUAUGUCAUGGACACAUUAUAAACCCCACACAUUUAGGUAUUGGCUCGCCUCAUCUGUUGUAGAAACUAAGAUGUUUCAAAAUUUGGUCAUAUGAUACAGUACCGUAAUUGCUUUAAAAAAACCAGAUGUACAAGAGACAGAAUCUGUGAGUGCAAUUUUAUCCCAAACUACAAAAAAUAUUUUCUUACUUUAACUUCAGAGUAUUUAAAUCUUUAUGGGGAUUAUUUUUUUCUUGUAACAGUAGUGCUCAGUCAUUCUUGUCCUAUUUAAAGUGCAAUGGCAAACUUUACACCAUAAUUUUUUUCACAUUAGCACUAUUGUUCAAAUCCCAACCAGCUUGCAUUCUGGGGCACCAUGGAUAAUUCAGAUUUACCUGACCUUGCAGAUAGACUUUGCUUUUUUUGCCAGGCCCCUCUGUUGGGCACGCCAGUCAUGAUGAGGGAGGGAGUUAAACUGAGAACUACGCAAUAUAUAAGCAUGGGACCAAUUGAACAAUUUCUGUCUACAAUUCAGACUGCUCUUUUAGGAAAGGUUGGAUUAAAAAGUCGUGAAUUUAUA